AUGUGUGGACUGCUCACGUUUCGACGUGCCAAGCCCCGAGUGUUCAAGUGGAAUAUGACAGUGUUUCUCGCCCCAUCCUUGAAAUCUGGACUGGUGACUUCCCCCUCAACAUCCCCCCCCUCUCCGAAAGACUAUCGCCCCCAACGCUACAUGCGUGUUAUCGCCCUCGCAGGCCUUGGCUACAUGUCUGCCACUGUGUUUGGCAGCCUCACGUACUUGUCCCUCACCAAGACCAACAUGGCGAACGAUUUUUGGUGGGCCAACUACAACGCUUCCCGGGAACACGUGUUCAUUGCUCGAAUGUACAACUGCGAGACGGUGCUGCGUCCCGAGGCCAAUUCAAUUGCACUCGACGACCACAUCUUCGUCGACGAUACCAACUACAGCUCCGUGUUGGCCACUGCCGUGGGGGUAUCCAUGCCAUCACUGUGCGUGUCGCAAAUCAAGCUCGCAGACGCGACCAAGUUGGAGGCGGUGGUCCGGGGCCUCCGACACAUGGAUGCGUGCAUGGCGCCGUAG